AUGGCGUCCUCACUACGACUGCCCGUGGGCAGCCUUGCUUCUAGCGCACGUCCAAGCAUCAUGAUACCUCAACCAUACGCCCCAAUCUCGCACAUCCGGUCCUUUUCGCAGGUGCCUCAACGAUGGGCGGCAAUCCGGUCUCAAAACUUUAACGCGCCGAGCGUAACGCAGCCGUCGAUGAAAUCCCGCGCUAAGGAUGCGAUGCAAGGACAGGCAAUGCCGAAUGAUAUUGGGUUGUUGCCGGGAACGUUUGUGCGCCCCUUGUGGCGCGAUAUGCCCUCGAUCUUUACGAACCCGAAAGAUGCAUGGUACCUGCAAUGGACUUGGAUUAAGAACGUUUUUUCGAACUUUGCCAGUGUGGCGUUCUAUACGUAUAAGGACAAGAUGGGCGAUUCUAUGCUGUGGGGGAAGCGCCGACAGAUUGCGCGUCAGUUGCAUGCGGAUAUGUACACUGCUCUUGCAAACGGCGACGUUUCCGCUCUGCGCGCCCUCUGCUGUGACGGUCUCGCCAACAAACUCGUCAACCAAGUCGAGAACCGCCCGUCGAAUCAAAAGGUUACCUGGAGCCGCGUUCGCUGGCUCCGCCAGCCCGACACUCUCUUCAGAGGUGUCCGCAUUCUCGCAGACCGCGCGACUAAGAUCCCCGAAAUCCCCAACUCCGGUAUCCGCCAGAUUGUCUUCCGCAUGACAUCCCGACAGACGAUGGGCAAGGCCACGAUCGUGGGCCGUGGCAAAUCAGCAGAGCGCAUUGAGGAGCCGAAGAAGGUGCAGGACUGCCGCGAAUAUAUCGUCAUCCAACAGAUUAUCUGGCAUGGAAAGCCAUCUGGAUGGCGGAUCUGGGGCCACGCGAACCCGACCACCAUGGAGGUCAUCAAGGCCGACCCAUUCUUCCAGCCCGGUUUGUCCAUGAUGGAACGGUGGGAGGCCAUGAAAUCCACGAUGGGCAAAUAA